CUGGCCUUAACGGUUUGGUAGUUUCUUCCGUGUUUGGAACACCAGCGAGAGAGAGAGGGAGUGAGAGAGAGUAAAGUCACAAUUUGUAAUCACCAGUGGGCAAAGGACGUCGCGGGGGGCAGCGGCCAUGAAUCGUCUGCAACUCCUGAGACCUCCUCCGUCCGUCACGUCCGCCUUAUUGCUGCGAAACAAUCACCUUUACUUCACCUUCCAACCUCCACAUCUCAGCAGAAACCAUCUUCGUAGAUUCUCCACCACGACUCUGCUCUGCUCCAAAUCCGAUGGAGUUGUCGAGAGCUCAAAUGUUGCUGGAAGUCCGUCUAUAGUUGGGGAUCUUCUGGAUUACCUGAACGAGUCUUGGACCCAGUUUCAUGCCACCGGUAUGCCCACAUUUGCUCUUCGGUACAAUGUGGGUAAUGGUUUUCAUGUGAUUGCUGCACAUACUGAUAGUCCAUGCCUAAAGCUUAAACCCAAGUCUGCUUCAUCAAAAUCUGGAUACCUUAUGGUCAAUGUACAAACUUAUGGAGGUGGUUUAUGGCACACAUGGUUUGAUAGGGAUUUAAGUGUAGCAGGAAGGGUUAUAGUAAAGGCUAACGAUGGAUCCUUUAUGCAUAAGCUUGUCAAAGUGAGGAGACCUUUGUUACGAGUACCAACAUUGGCUAUUCAUCUUGACCGCACAGUGAACAAGGAUGGAUUUAAACCAAAUCUAGAGACUCACCUUCUUCCACUUCUUGCAACAAAACUUGAGGAGAUAUCCAUGGAGUCCAAAGAGAAUAGUUCUCAGUCUUCUAAAGUUACUCACCAUCCAUUGCUUAUGCAGGUUUUGUCAGAUGAGCUUGAUUGCAGCAUUGAUGAUAUAAUGAGUAUUGAGCUUAAUGUUUGUGAUACCCAACCUAGCUGUCUUGGAGGUGGAAAUAGCGAAUUUAUAUUUUCUGGAAGACUUGACAAUCUUGCUUCAAGUUAUUGUGCUCUGAGAGCUCUUAUUGAUUCAUGCGAGUUGCCUGGAGAUUUAUCUAGUGAACAAGCUAUCCGGAUGGUUGCUUUAUUUGAUAAUGAAGAGGUAGGUUCCGAUUCAGUGCAGGGAGCCGGUGCACCUACCAUGUUUCAGGCCAUGAGACGUAUUGUUGACUGCUUAGCUGAUGAGUACGUGGGUGAGGGUGCUUUUGAGCGUGCUAUCCGCCAAUCAUUUCUUGUGUCAGCAGACAUGGCUCAUGGGGUUCACCCAAAUUUUGUGGACAAACAUGAAGAACACCACCGCCCAGAAAUGCAGAAGGGACUUGUCAUCAAGCACAAUGCGAACCAACGUUAUGCCACCAGUGGAGUGACUGCUUUUCUUUUCAAAGAAGUAGCAAAAAUGCACGACCUUCCAACCCAGGAAUUUGUAGUGAGAAAUGAUAUGGGAUGUGGGUCUACUAUCGGUCCCAUUCUUGCUUCAGGUGUUGGUAUCCGUACUGUGGAUUGUGGCAUUUCUCAGCUUUCCAUGCACAGUGUGAGGGAGAUAUGUGGUAAAGAAGAUAUCGACAUUGCUUACAAGCAUUUCAAGGCAUUCUACCAGACUUUCUCAAGCAUCGACAGGAAGCUAAACGUGGACUAUUAAAUAUUAGGGAUAUUCUCUUCUUUUUCUUUUAUUAGAUAUUAAUUUCCUUGAAGAUAAUUAUUUUGAGAUAAAGAGGAGAAAAGGGGGGCGGGAGGGGGU